AUGAAAUCAAUUAUAUGUAUUAUUAUAUUAUCUUAUGCAUUUCUAUUAAUCUACUCAGGUGUUAUCGUAGAAGAAUAUGAUUAUAAUGAUCCUUUUUAUUUGAAAUUUAAAACAAAUACUACAAUAGCUCAAAAGGCAGCAAACUUUUGUCUUAAAUAUUAUAAUGAAAAGCAUAAAAAUGAAACAUAUACAUUUGUCAAUUUAACAUUCGCUAUGAAUGAAACAGAAGGACCUGAUUCACUUAUUAAUUUAAUGUUCACAGGGAAUAAUGGAACAAAUCCAAAUAUAAAUGAUGAUUUUCAAGGAAUAUAUGAAAAUAAUAAAAAAAAAAACGAAACAUGUGAUAUCACAAAAAUACCAUAUAGAAGUCAAAUUGGUUAA